AUGGGUCGAUUAUCAGAAGUAUUGGGUGCUUUACCACCACCAGCAUACGAAACAGUAGCCAAUCAUGGAAAUGGCACGGGUAAGCCAUUCAUCAAACCAAGGGGAUUAGAUGCAUCUCUAGUUCUAAUGAUCUUGAGUCAUUUAAUCGAUCCAAAACUCUCACCUGAACAACAAGCAAUAGGAUAUUCAAAUUUACAUAAAAAUGUUCGAUUCGCUUCAAAAGAUUUAUAUUUGCUAUGCAUGCAUUUAUUAAGAUCAAAAUAUAUUCAAAGGUAUAUGAAUAGGGUUCGUGCACCUUUUACAACCGAUCCUUAUCCAGCUGGACAAGCGAUUCCAUCGGCUUCUGAACCUGUGAUCGUACGUAGCAGGCUUGCUAAUCCUGAUGCAUUACAAUCACCCGCAACACGCAGAAGUGGUGAAGGAGCAGGAAGAGAGACAAGAAUAUUGGAUCUUUUCGUGGCUGCAUCUGUACGAUCAGAUGUCGAAUCUUUCGAAAGUUCACUCCUUGAAUCAACUUUAGGCGAUGACGAAGAAGGUGAAAAUGAUCUAUUUGCCUAUCAUCAACCGAAAUGUAGGAUCGAAGAUUUGGUCAUUCAAAGAGGAAGGAGGGUUGGAGUGAUUAGACCAGUUUCAUCAAGCAUCACAGUAACAGAAAAAGAUGUAAAAGCUCCACCUUCCUACACAACCAAACAACAAAAUUUCGCAUCGGGAACUCAUAAUGCUCAAGGCAAAAAAUGGAUCGAAGCAGAAGAUUUGGCGAUCGAAUUACGAAGCAAAAGUGCCAUCUUACGAUUACGCAGCGAUCAAUCCUCUUCUCGUGCACUACGUACUGUAUUCGAAGUGACGAGAGCAAGAGAGGAAAUACUGGAAACUACAGCCGAUCGUAUUGUGGCCAAGCUUGCAACUUGA